AUGAAUUUCACUAAAUACAAUGAAUACCCUUCCCCCUUUGUCAACCAGACCAUCAACAACACCCUCGACCCAACAACCAAACCGCCCCGACAACAAACAGCCCCCUUCACCAUCAGUCUCCCGUACAUAGGAUCAACUAGCCAUCACAACCGACGACUCUUGAAGCAGCAAGUUGAUAUACACGUCACCUUCCAAAGAGGCAACAGCAUCCAGAACCUCUUGCAGGCCACAGGAAGACCUAGGUCGUCCCAGAAGCAAGACCCCUCAGGUGUGGUCUACCACAUAGAAUGUGACUGUGGUGACUCCUAUGUUGGAGAAACAUCAAGGCCACUCACCCUCAGGAUCAAGGAACACCAGGCUUCAGUUAGGAAAAAUGAUUCUAAAUCAGCCAUUGCCGACCACAUCAAAGCCCAUCCUAACCACACCAUCAAUGGGACAAGACCAAAACCAUUGUAA